ACAUUGCUUGCUUCCUUCCUGUUAUCACUCACACUCUCCUCUCUCUUUUAAGGGUUUUUAUUUUCCUGCGCCUUCUCCUCCUCCUUUCGACUCUCCUGCAACCCUCCUCCUCCUCCUCAUUCCUCACUUUCUCUCUCCUCCAUUUUCGAUCAACAAUGGCUUCCUCCGACUCUCGCAAGCCCAUCACUCUCACUCCUCCCAACCAGAUCGCCAAAGAUAUCACAGGGCCAGACAAUCCUAUACCGCUUUCACCUCAAUGGCUUCUCCCUAAGCCAGGGGAGACUAAGACUGGGAUGUCACUAGGGGAAAAUCGUCCAAGCCCUUACACUGGUUACGGUGAUCGUUCAGAUGUCACUAAGUCUCCGGGAAAUGGUGAGGAGAUGCAUGAUAACCAGAAGAAAAGGGAUGUUUUCAGGCCUACUUUUCUUGAUGCAGAAACUGGGCGUCGUGAUCGCUGGCGUGACGAAGAAAGAGACACUAAUCCAUCAGCUCGCAAGGACCGUUGGAGGGAGGGGGAAAAAGAGAUUGGUGACGGUCGGAAGACCGACAGGUGGGUUGAUAAUACGCCCACUAAGAACUUUGGAGAAGCACGUCGUGCUCCAUCCGACAAGUGGGCUGAUCCAAGCAAGGAGAAUAAUUAUGAUCAGCGUCGUGAGAGUAAGUGGAACACGCGCUGGGGUCCUGAUGAUAAAGAGGCAGAUAAGUGGACUGAUGCUGGAAAACACGGUGACAUGCCUCAGGAUAAAGGCCAAUCACAAUUAGCUAAUCACGGGAAGGAUGAGAGGGAGGGUGAUAACCAUCGCCCGUGGAGGCCUAGCUCUUUGCAAAAUCGUGUUAAAGCAGAAACAUUACAUCACCAUCCUCAAAUGACUAGCAAAGAAGGUCCUACAUUUGGCCACGGGAGAGGUCGUGGGGAUAAUGCUACUUUUUCUGUUGGUCGUGGACGGGCUAAUUUUAGUGCUGGGAGUAUUAGUAACUAUUCUGUUCAUCCUCACUCAGGUUUUAAUUCUGACAGAGGUGAUAAUGGUCAUGAAGAACCUUCUCCUUUCAGCUAUAAUAGAACAAAGUUGCUUGAUAUUUACCGGCUGACUGAGAUAAGAUCUUCGAACAAGAUAUUGGAUGGAUUGAAGCAAGUUUCCUCUCUCACUCAGGAAGAACCUUUGGGGCCUCUGGCACUUUGUGCACCUACGCCUGAAGAAUCAGCUAUUAUGAAGGGUAUUGACAAGGGGGACAUAAUAAGCAGCGGUGCACCCCAGAAUUCGAAGGAAGGAUCUACAGGACGAAGUCCAAAUGAAUAUGCUCAAUCAAGACGAACGAAACAUGGCAGCAGAGAUGAUGUAUCCCUUCCUCCUGAUGAAGACAAUGAUAAAGUUGACCAUGCUAAAGGUACUUAUUCAAAAAUUUCAGAGUUGUCACCCCGUGAGAAGCAGAUGAAUGUGUAUGGUUCAAAUGUCAUAAUGGAUGGCAAUGAAAAUCCUCAGAUAUAUGCUGAGAAAUAUAGAGUUCCAGCUGCAAGAGAUGAUGAGAGUUCUUUAAAGAAGGGUGAUGAAGUCUCUGAUAACAGAGACCCUGGCAUUAAGGGGCGUGUUUAUUCUCAAUCUGGAACUCCGUGGCGGUCACCUUCUUUGGAAGAGCACGCAAGCACUCACUCACGUGAUUGGUUUAAUAGUCCAGCGGGAGGUGGUAUUCGCUCCAAAAGCUCUGACAUCAGCUGGUCACAAGCACCAAAAGACAACUCAUCUGUUUUGCCUGAUCCAAAUGCUCACAAUGAACUCAAGUGGCAAGUUGGUGAAGAUUCUGCUGCCAGAAAACAUGCCGUUGUGACAGUUGACCGGGAGCAAGAAACAAGGAAACUCUUACACACUUCUCCAGAUGACAUGCUCCUUUAUUAUAAAGAUCCGCAAGGUCAAAUUCAGGGUCCCUUUUCUGGUAGUGAUAUAAUUGGGUGGUUUGAGGCUGGGUAUUUUGGGAUAGACUUACGAGUUCGCCCAGUAAAUGCCCCAAACGACGUUGCAUUUGCUUCACUUGGUGAUGUGAUGCCCCACUUGCGAGCUAAAGCAAGGCCCCCACCUGGGUUUAAUACAGCAAAGCAGAGUGAGGUACCUGAUGUGUCUAGUAGGUCAAGCUCAAGUGGAUUUGGGAAGGUCCUUCCUGGUCCUAGCGGGGUUGAUUUGCUUGGAAAUGAGCAUAGACAUACUCAUGGAUCGUCAACAGAUGCUGAAAACAAAUUUCUGGAGUCAUUAAUGGCUGGAGAAAUAACCACUUCUCAUCUGGAGAGAUUUGCCUCCUCAGAAGGGCUGCAACGAUUUGUUGGACAAAAUUCCAGUGGUAUGUCUCCCUCGGUGGCUGAAAGUGGAGAUGCUCUCAACCUUUUGGCCCAAAGAAUGAACCUAGAACGACAAAAAUCAUUGACUCAAUCUUAUCCGUACUGGGCAAGUAGAGAAGGAGCCCCUGUGGGCCCUGACUUUGUUAGGAACUCUACCAUUCCACAGGCAAAUCCACUUUCAACUGUUGGUGAUAUUCCCCGACAAUCUCUUCCUCAGAAUGUUGAGAUGAUGUCCAUUCUUCAAGGCUUAUCUGAUAGGUCUUCUGGUGGAGUGAACAAUGGAUUAGGUGGUUGGCCAAAAUUUUCUGUGCAAGGUGGCAUCGAUCCAUUUAAAGAAAACGUUGACUUGCAUUCCGGACAGAAUUUUCCUCAAAUGGCAUAUGGUAUGCAACAGCAUAAGCAGCAGCCACAAAAUCAUCCAUCAAUGACAAAUUUACUUGCCCAGACUCUAGACAACCCUGCCAUCCAGUCUGACAAGCUACUCUCGGCUGGCCUUACACAUGACCCUCAGGCAUUAAAUCUGUUACAGCAGCAGUAUUUGAUGCAAUUACAUUCUCAACAGGCUGUCCCAGGCCCACAGCUUUCAAUUCUGGAUAAGUUCCUAUUGCUUAAGCAGCAACAAAAGCAAGAGGAGCAGCAACAGAUGUUGCGACAGCAACAGCAACAACAAUUGCUUUCUCAGGUUCUGUCAGAGCAGCAGCUUGUUCAACGUUUUGGUGAUCCAGCUUUUGGGCAGUUACAGACUUCUGCAUCGCCUAUUGGAAAUGCACCCAUUGAACAAUCUGCGCCCCAGCUGUCACCCUCAUUGUUUCAAGCUAAUUCUCAAGUUCCUGUUUCUAGUAUGCCAGAUGAUAGAAAUGUUAGCAUUGCCAAUAUGCCUCCAAAAUUUUCCCAGGGUUUGGGUCAUCAAGUACCUGCUGACGGAUCAUCUUUGCACUUGCCUCAUCAGAUGUUAGGAACGGCACAAAAAAAUUGGCCAUCUAUGUCAACACAUGCCGACAACAUUAACAAUUUACCAUCAGGUUCAGAAAUGAUGGGAAAAAUAACCGCCUCCGAAGUAGUGGACAAGUCCCUGAGUACGGCUGCAGUGGAACGUGUCACUUCUGAACAUAGUGCACCAUCUUUAUCAGGCCAGGUGGUAGAGAGAAACUCAAAAACAGCACAACCUACUUUGAUUGUGGAUUUGGGGAUGAGUGUGCUAAGUGCUGACUCUGUACCACCCAAGUUUUCUGAAUCAUCUGUGAGCCCUAGGGAAAAUCAGAUUUUGAUGUUUGAGAGAACAAAUGAUAAUAAGCUUACACCAACUGGUACUCUAGAGGAAAACUCUGAAAAGGAGUGUCAUGAAGAUGUAUCUGCAGCAAAAGACGCAAAAAAUGUUGAAUCACGUGAGGUUAAGAAAACUUCCGACAAGAAAUCAAGAAAGCUAAAGUCUUCCAAGGCGCAACCAUCUCCUGACCAGUUGAAGGGAGCUUCCAAAGCGUCUACUGUGCAGAAAUCUAAGCAAUCUGAAGCUGAAGGAGCACUUAGUGCGACCAAGUCGAAUCUUUCUGUUGCUUCCAGAAGUACAUUAGAUGGAAGACCUAUGGAGGCAGCUAGGGAAAUAUCUAACCCAUCAGAAAUUGAUCUCUAUACUUCGCUUAAUUACCCUGCUGGUGUUUUUGAAUCUAUGGACGCCAAAGGUGAACAGAAACAGAGUGAUUCUGUUACGCAACAAGGUGUGCAAGUAAGUUCUUCACAGAGAGCUUGGAAACCAGCUGUUUGUGUGAAGCCUAAGUCACUAUUAGAAAUUCAACAAGAAGAGCAGAAAAGGGCACAGAUGGAGAUCCCUGCCCCUACUGUCUCUGCUUCUAUUAGUCCUAUCAGUUUCUCCAGUCCUUGGGGUGGAAUGGUUACCCAUGUGGAGCCUAAAGUAUCUAGAGAUAUUCACCAGGAUAGUAAUAGUAGUGAGCAUAUGGGGAAAACAGAGUCGCCAAAGAGUAAGAAGAGUGGGUUGCAUGAUCUUUUGGCCGCAGAAGUUUUAGCAAAGUCUAACAACAGAAGCAUUGAAAUCACUGACAAUGCUUCAAGUCUUCCUCUUUUACCAACAACGCCUAAUCAGUUAGAUGUGGUUGAUCACGAGAAUUUUAUUGAGGCUAAAGAUACCAAGAAGAGUCGUAAGAAAGCUGCAAAGGCUAAAGCUUCUGGAGCAAAGGUUUCAGCUGCAGUUCCUUAUGCUGAUGUGGCUGUUGCAUCUGGUCCUGUUGAGAAAGUAAAAAGUACUAAACAUGUGCAAGCAGAGAAGGAGGUAUUGCCUGCACCACCAUCUGGUCCAUCUCUAGGGGACUUUGUUCCUUGGAAGGGUGAAUCAACUAGCCCUUCUCCAGCUCCUGCUUGGUCUUCAGAUGCUGGAAAGUUUCCAAAACCCACAUCACUGAGAGACAUCCUGAAAGAACAGGGGAAGAAAGGAACUCCACAUCAACAGUACGCACCAAUAUCAACUUCACCAAAACCUAGUUCAGCUCAGACGCGUCCUGUGUCGUGGUCAGUUUCAGCAUCAUCCCCUUCGAAAGCCAUAUCUCCGGUUCAGAUCAAUUCCCAUCCUCCUUCACAAACAAAGUAUAAAGGAGAAGAUGAUCUGUUCUGGGGUCCUCCAGAUCAAUCGAAGCAAGAGAGCAAACAGGCAGUCUUUCCUCAGCUUGGUAACCAAGGCAGCUGGACUACUAAAGGCACUCCUGUCAAAGGAACUCCUGGAACUUCUAUUAACCGACAAAAGUCUGCUGGUGGCAGGGCUGUGGAGCACAUUUCGUCUUCACCUGUCGCUGCACAGGUUUCUGGGAAAGGGAAACGAGAUGGGAGUACAAAGCACUUGGAGGCGAUGGACUUCAGAGAUUGGUGCCAGAAUGAAUCAGUUCGGCUUACUGGAAGCAAAGAUACAAGUUUUCUUGAGUUUUGCUCAAAGCAGUCCAGAUCUGAGGCUGAGACACUUCUUACGGAAAAUCUUGGAUCUUUUGAUCCAAAUCAUGAAUUCAUUGAGAAGUUUUUGAAUUACAUGGAGUUGCUGUCAGCAGAUGUGCUGGAGCUUGCCUUUCAAAGUCGAAAUGAUCUGAAGGCCUAUAACAAAGGAGCCAGAGACAUGAAUUCCGACUAUCAAGGUUUGAGAGACCUUGACAAAGACAGAGAUGUUGUGGCAAGUGCUGAUGCAUCGAUGAAAGGAGGGAAAAAGAAGGGAAAGAAAGGAAAGAAGGUGAGCUCUGCUGUAUUGGGGUUCAAUGUUGUUAGCAACCGCAUCAUGAUGGGUGAGAUUCAAACCCUUGAAGAUUAAAAGAGGUGCUAGGUUGGUUUGUAAAUACAUUCGUCUGGACUUUUUUGUAAAUGAUUUUCCCUUUAGCCAUUCUGUUUUCUCUCCAUUAUAAUAGAGCAACAUACGCAGUGACCAGUUUGUCCGCUGAAGCAAUUUUGUGUACUAGUAUUUUGUAAGGGCCCUUUAUUUUGUUGGCUUCACAGAGAACUAACAAGGUUUUGUUCUAAUUCAGGUAAACCUUUUCUUUACUUUUUUAGCCUCUAGUCUCACCUUUAUAGAUUGUUGUAUUAUAGAGAUAGAUGUGGCCUAAACCUUGCCAUUGCAGUCUCAUGGUUUUUUUGCCAUGUUUUCGGUCUGUUGAUGGUUGAGCCUCAUGUCGAUUUAUAUGUUAUUUUUUAGAUUUUAA